AUUAUGUGGGGAAAAGGUUACUGGGACAAAUUGUUCCAGGUAAUUUCAGUGGAGAAACAGAUUAUUUCAGUUCCCUUAAUGAAUGUUCUGAUCUUUGUUAUAUUCCAGUUUUAUAAGUCAGCCAAAGAUUGGUGGCUUUUCAGUUUCUACUUCUGCAUGCCGCUGAUGUGUACUGCCAUCUUCUACACUCUCAUGACCUGUGAAAUGCUUCGAAAGAAGAAUGGGGUCCAAAUUGCACUCAGUGAUCAACUAAAACAGAGGCGUGAGGUGGCUAAAACCGUAUUCUGUCUGGUGCUAGUCUUUGCACUAUGCUGGCUUCCUCUGCAUCUCAGUCGUAUUCUUAAGCAUACCAUUUAUGAUGAAAGGGAUCCUAACCGUUGUGAGCUACUGAGUUUCUUCCUGGUUCUUGAUUAUAUCGGGAUCAACAUGGCAUCUGUGAACUCAUGCAUAAACCCAAUCGCUUUGUAUAUGGUUAGCAAGCGCUUCAAGAGUUGCUUCAGAUCAUGUCUGUGUUGCUGGUGCCUCCCUUCUGAAAUGUUAGCAAUGGAUGACAAGCAGUCCUGCAUGAAGCUGAAGGUGACAGAGCGAGGAUCUGAACAAAGCAAUAGCCGCGCCUCCAACAAAUACACUUCAAAUACAUUUGCCAUAAAACCUAAAUCUGUGUCAGCUGGAAGUAUAUUCAUUAUUAAGUAAAUAUGGAAAGAUAUAAAGACGUUUAUAUAUAAGUCCCAGCUUUAUAUUCACUCUUGACUGGCAUACAUGUAGUGUCAGGAGCUACUAUCUGCUCUCUGUAGUUUUAACAUUAUGAUAGUGUUUUAGAUGUUUUGGGAAGG